AUGGCUGAACAAGAACUGCAGAAUGGCGACAUGCCGUCGUCCUCGACAGCUAGUGAAUUUAGUUACUACUACAUGGGCAAAAAGAUGCCAGCCCACGCCCCGGUAUCGACGCUAGAAGGAAUCAAACACUCAUUUAAAGUGCGAAACGAUGAUGUUUAUGUGGUCAGCUAUCUCCGAUCGGGCAUGACUAUGAUGCAAGAGAUUGUGUCGUGCAUCAAUGCAGAGGGCGACAUGGACAAAGUUAACAAACCGCUUUUAGUUCGUGUCCCACUACUUGACACGGGCCCGGGUGCAGGCAUAGAAACACCUCUGUAUCAGAAAGUGGCUGAACUACCAUCACCCCGUUUAAUACGUACACACCUUCCUCAUGAGUGGAUGCCAACGGAAUAUGAUGAAAAAAUGCCAAAGACAGUGGUUUUAGCGAGAAACCCAAAGGACCUGGCAGUCUCGUGUUGGUAUUUCACUAAUGGUCAUAGAUAUCUCGACACCAUUCCUGAAUGGAACGAUUAUUUCAACAUGUUCUACGAAGGCGACGUGCUUUAUGGAUCUUGGUUUGAUCACGUACUAGGAUGGUUCAGCAGAAGACAUGAAGACAAUAUUUUAUUUUUGAAAUACGAAGACGUUUGUCGUGCACCUGUACAUUACAUCAGUGAAAUAGCGGAAUUCUUAAAUACGGACCUGUCACCGGAAGUUAUUAGCCGAAUUGCUAAACAUGUACAUUUCUCUAAAAUGAAGCGCAAUCCAAUGACAAACUAUUCUUACACCAAGAAUUUCAAAACUGCCGAUGACUUUUUUCGCAAAGGCAAAGUGGGCACGUGGAGAAAUUAUUUUACUGUGGCGCAAAAUGCUGCCUUCAAUGAACUCUACGAUCUCAAACUAAAGGGAACUGGUCUGGCUUUCAGUUUUACAUAAAUCUCCUUUGUCUUGAAGAAGUGAAUGGUGUUUGCUUAUGAGCCGAGGUCAUUGCAUUCUCGGUAUAAGUGGUGAAAAAAUCAAAUUGACUAAUACAUCUUUCUAUAUGUAGCGCC